AUGAAAUACAAUGAUUUCCUUGAAAAACUUGAGGAUGAAAUAGACCAAAGUGAAAAUAUUAAGAAGAGUAACAUAUCGGAUUUAAUGCUAUCGCUAACUCCAACCUGUGAAGAAAGUUUAAUAAAAUGUAGUUGGAAAGGAGUUGUUCAAGAUUGCAAGAGUUUGUUUAGAACUCAAAUUACCCAAUUUGGAUUUUGCUGCACAUUUAACUAUUACAAUACUGAAGCAGGCAGAAAGAAAGAAGACCCUGAUUACCCUCUUGACAAGCCUUAUAUAUUGAAUAAUCAGGAAACAGGACCUUACAAUGGCCUCACCUUAGCGGUUGACGCUAAAACACACGAGUAUCUUUACUCUACACGACAAAGCUACGGUUUCGACGUCCUAUUCUUUGAUCGGUACGAUUACGCUGAUCAAACGGCCGGUGGACUGGUCCACAGAGUAGUGUCAUUGGGAUCCCAGUAUGAUAUGGGUAUCGAUCCAUACACUUACUACUCAACAUCAGACAUAAAAAGAUUUCCUUUUGAGAAAAGACAAUGCAAGUUUGCUGAUGAAAUGCAAAGCGAAUACAAUAACUAUUACAGUUUGAGCAAUUGUCUAGUGCGGUGUAGAAUGAGAACAUUAGAAAGACUUUGUAACUGUGUGCCUUUUUUUCUGCCAAGAAGGAGUAACGUUUCUGCUUGCACAUUAGAAGAGCUAUAUUGUCCAGACAAAAGCAAUGCCGAAACUUGUAAUUAA